GUAGUCAUCGUCCAAUCGCUUCCUGCUUCCUGUGUUCACUCCAGUUUUCCGGUUUUCUUUACGGUGGAUGAGUGGAGUGCUUUCCUUUCACAUUCUGACAUUUAUGCGGUAUUAUGGCUGGGUCUGCCGACGGCGCCGCAGCAGAACCGCCUGGUUUAGAAACCCAACGGAGGGAAGUGGAGGGCCUGGUCCAGAACCACCAUCUCCGCGCCGGGGACAGCUGGUACCUGCUGGACAAACGAUGGUAUGAGCUGUGGAAGGAGUAUGUUGAAACAGGGGACCAAAACUCCUCCUCCUUUCCUGGGCAGAUAGACAACACAGAACUCUUCGAGGAUCUGGAGUCCUACCAUUUGAGGGAUGGGCUUGUGGAGAAUGAGGAUUUUGUGUUGAUCCCAGCAGAGGCUUGGCAUAAGCUUCUGAGUUGGUAUGGCAGGGCAGCUGAUCAGCCCCCCCUUGAACGCAAGGUGGUGGACUUGCCCAGCACCGUCAAAGUGGAGGUGUACCCGGUGGAGAUCUUCUUGUGUCUUCAUAGUGAUAUGGAGAACGUUCUCACUGAGAAAUUCAGCCGCGCAGACUCUAUAUUUGCGAUUCAGAAGACCAUGCGGAGGCUGUUUGAGGUACCAGAGACUGCGGAGACCAGGCUGUGGAUGAAAAGCUCUGACACAACCUGUGAGAGGCUGCGCAAUGUUCACAUCAGCGUGCUUGAGUCCUGUCUCAGCUCUGGCAUGACAGUGAUCAUGGAGAUGAGGAACACUGAUGGUACCUGGCCCAGCUCCAGACCUCAAAUUAUGAGGAACUCUAUGGACGAGCAGGACUCGUACCACGGCCAGCCAGGAGUGUGUGGCCUCACUAACUUGGGAAACACAUGCUUCAUGAAUUCUGCCCUUCAGUGUCUCAGCAACACCCCUCCCCUGACGGAGUACUUCUUAUGCAAUGGCUACCUGGAGGAGCUGAACUUCACCAACCCGCUGGGUAUGAAAGGCGAGAUCGCCGAGGCUUAUGCUGACGUCAUCAAGCAGAUGUGGUCCGGCCGCCAUUACUCUGUCGUGCCUCGUAUCUUCAAGACCAAGGUGGGCCACUUUGCCUCCCAGUUUCUGGGCUAUCAGCAGCACGAUUCCCAGGAGCUGCUCUCCUUCCUGCUUGAUGGCUUGCACGAGGACCUCAACCGUGUCAAGAACAAGGAGUAUAUAGAGUUACGGGAUGCUGAUGGUAGACCUGACCAGGCUGUGGCUGAGGAGGCUUGGCGUAACCACCGGCGACGGAACGACUCCGUGAUUGUGGACAUUUUUCAUGGAUUGUUCAAGUCCACCCUUGUCUGCCCCGAAUGCCACAAAGUGUCUGUCACCUUUGACCCCUUCUGUUACCUGAGUGUGCCCUUGCCUGUCAGCAAGGAGAGAGUGAUGGAAGUAUUUUUUGUCUCUCUUGACCCAGCAGCCAAACCCAAGCAGUAUCGCUUGGUUGUACCCAAAGCAGGCAAAGUGUCAGAUCUAUGUUUGGCUCUGUCCCAACUGACCAAUGUGCCAGCCAGUCAGAUGAUCGUGGCUGAUGUGUUCAACCAUCGCUUCUAUAAGAUCUACCAGGCUGAUGAGUCCCUUAGCUGUAUCCUGGAUCGGGACGACAUCUUUGUCUAUGAGCUGAGCAGGGGCUCCGUCGAGGAGGAUGGAGACGAGGUGGUGCUGGCACUCUACCUGCGAGAGCGCUCGCACUACCGCGACUACGGCUCAGGCAGCAGCAACUACGGCACAUCGCUGUUCGGCCAUCCGCUGCUGAUCUCCACGCCGCGCAGCCUAUGCUCUCAGGAGGCCCUCUACCUCUACUUCCUUCAGCGUUUGGCACGCUACGUUCGUCAGCCGGACCCAUCGGAAGAGGUGGAUGAAGAGGAGGAGGCAGAUGAUGACGAUGAUGAGGAAGAAGAGCUGUAUAAGACUCAGACCAACGGAGUGAGCGAUGAUGACGACGAAGAAGAGAGUGACAAGCCAGGGCCCUCCAAGAGAGAGGGGGACGGCCAAGCCGAUGGCUCAGAGUCUGAGGUCAACCAUGCGAACAACAUUACGGGAGAGGAGGACACUGCUGUGGCCAACAGCAGAAGGAAAAAGGGUUGUGCUGCGGAGGAUGGAGAGUCAGCUGGAGCCACCGUCUCAGAGGAGUUACCAGAUGCUUCUGGCAGCCCGCAGGCUGCCAGGCAGCAGCCCUCUGAGGAGGAUGAGGAUGGCGAAGAGGAAGUAGAUAAGGAUGAAGCCACACCCCCCAGCCCUCAGUCCAGUGAGCGCCAACCGAAGAGAAAGUGCUGUCCCACUAAACGCAGCAAGUCGCUGUUCUCCAUCCAGGCGGUGAACUCCAACGGCACCACAGAGAGGGGCCUGGGUGACGGCGGAAACACCUUCUCUUUCAGCUCUCAGCCCUACGUCGCCAUUGACUGGGACCCCGACAUGAAGAAGAAGCACUACAAUGAGAACGAGGCUGAGAAGUACAUGAAGGACAGGAGCAUGGAGAUCCCUCACCAACAAGCCAGGGUGGAUCUGCAGCAGUGCAUCGAACUCUUCACCACCGUGGAGACACUGGAGGAAGAGAAUCCCUGGUACUGCCCAUUAUGCAAGAAGCAUCAGCUGGCAACAAAGAAAUUGGACCUGUGGUCCCUCCCAGAAGUCCUCAUCAUCCACCUGAAGCGCUUCUCUUACACCAAGUAUUCCCGUGAGAAGCUGGAUACAAUAGUGGAUUUCCCCCUAAGGGAUCUGGAUUUUUCGCAGUUUCUGCUGAGGAAGACAGAUUCUGACAGGGAACCUCCAAGCCGAUAUGAUUUGAUGGCUGUUUCUAAUCACUAUGGCGGACUCAGAGAUGGACAUUAUACCAGUUAUGCGCGGAACAAGGACAAUGGCCAAUGGUAUUACUUCGAUGACAGCAAGGUGACCUAUGCAAGGGAGGAACAAAUUGUGACCAAUGCUGCCUACCUCUUGUUCUACCAACGACAAGACAAGAUCCGCCAGCCCAUCCUGCCUGCUCCCUCGGAUAGCUGCUCCUCAUCUCCGCCGGUUCCCAGUACCACCACCCCCCCCUUCCGUGACAAAGUGGACGGCGCCAGUUCCUCUGUCAAUAUGGAGACAGACUAAAGCAGUGUUCUCCAUCCUUAAUUCGUUUUUUCUUGUGUGUAGGAGGGGCAGCUAUUCUUGUUUGUUUUUGUUUCUUAUUGCUUUGUAUGUGUCCUAUUCAAAGAAGAAAAACUUGAACCUACUGCCUCCUCUUGGCAUUAGAGGUGGGUCAGAAUUCUCAGGCUGGUGCACAAGUAAGAGGUACUGGAGAGCGAUGCCCCGCUGGCUCUUGGGUCUGAUAAUUGGAUGACUGCGAACUGUUGGAGCUGAAAUACCAUUUGUGGAUUCAUCCUAGGUGGUUUCCUUACCCAUAUUAACCAGGUUUAGGCCAGGGAAAAACAUCUAAAACCAAUGAACCAGGUUUUCAUGGGUAAAACAGUAUGACUAUUAUAAGUAGCUGUCUGGCUUUAGACUCAAAUAAAAAUACCAGAUGCAGAAGAAUCAUACUCUAGUUGAAGCAGAUUCCAGACAUGUUGUUAGAAGAUACUGAAUCCAUGUGCUCCUUUCUGGAGGUUUGGGACAGUUUGGUUUGUAGUGAUCAGUGAUUCUUUCCAGUAGCCAGUGGUAAGUAGCUAUGCACUCAGUGUAGUUCUUGUCUGAGAGGAGGAACUCUGAAUGUGUCGUGUGUUGUCUAGCUACAAGCAUCCUGCUGCAUUGCUGUCCAUGUAUUUUGCUGGUGACUUAUAGUUUUACUGAAAGAUUUUGUUUGAUAAUCGAAACAGUUUUACAUUUUAGCUUUCUUUAAUAAACGUAUUCUAGUAGAUGGGCCGUUUUAAUGUACAGAUAUUCAAGGCGAUAUCAUGACAGAAAAGCAUCCUGUGAAACUGCUAAAAGACAGUGGGCGUCCUGCAUUCAGCUUGGGUUGCAUUUCACCCUUUUCCACUUCAUAUCAGGGACUGCAUGAACGGGAAUAUAAUGUAGAAGCUGCAAUAUCAUCACUAUGGACUUUAGAAACAAGUCAGACACCAUAGUGUUACAACAGUCACAUUUAAAGUGGAUGGUGAGAUAUUGGCUUGGUAUCAGUUAUGUGAUGAUCAGUUAUUUAUUUUUCUUAAUGAAUUAUGUUCAUAGCAGGAGUUUCUUGUCUUUCAUAGGCAGCACAUGCUUGUUUCUGGGAAAUGGCAUUUGAGUGCUUUUAGGAAAACCUUCCAUUACUUAUGAUGAUCAGCUUUUUCCUUUGAUAUGAUGACGGGAAAGGAUCUUUGUUAUGGAAUAUUACAAGAAACAUAUUUUUCAAAUCCAUAAAGAGUUUGUAUUUUUAUUGUUAAGGAAAGUAAUUAGAAUUUAGAUGCAAAGAUCUUUCUUAAUAAUUAGUCUUAGUACUGAGAAAUUUAUCGGAGAUGUGCUUUCUGAAUACAUUCUUGACUGAUUUUUCAAAGGCAAUUGUACAGUAUUUUUAUAUUCUAAUUACUCUUGUUUUAUCAUUGGUCAUCUGGCAUAGAUGAGCAGGGGGUGGGUAUUUUUUCCAUUUUAUCUCCUUGUUAAUAAUAGAUGGAAUAUUUUAUUGUAUAUCUACCUUUUGAUAUCAAUAAAUGAAAUGUUAGGUUUUA